AUGAGCGAAAGUCUGCGGCCGACCAACGGAGCCAAACCUUCCAAUUCCAACCAGCGUCGCACGCCUACCCACUCCCUCCCCAGCGGCGCGCAGAACGGCCUCCCUGUUCGGUCUCGCGCUUCAGUCAACGGCAACGGCCAAGUUGACUCGGAUAGUCUCUCCGACAGCGCAUCCUCCACCGACUCGUCCCAAGUGAACGGCGCGGGGAAAUCUCAUCGGCCCGCCAUGUCGCGUAAAGCAUCCUCCCCCAUGGCGCCCGCCUUCAUGGUGUCUGCCCCAGGCAAAGCCAUUGUGUUCGGUGAGCACGCCGUCGUUCACGGCAAGGCAGCCAUGGCAGCGGCCAUCUCACUCAGAUCGUACCUGCACGUCACAACCCUCUCCAAGUCACAACGCACCGUCACCUUAAAUUUCAGAGACAUUGGCCUCGACCACACGUGGGACAUUGACGCCCUGCCCUGGGAUCUUUUCCACCAGCCGUCCAAAAAGAAGUACUACUACGACCUCGUCACCUCCCUCGACCCCGAACUCGUCGCCGCGAUCCAGCCGCACCUCGAAGGCGUGGGGAAGGGCAUGUCGGAGGAAAUCCACAAGCACCAAGUGGGUGGCGCAUUUGCUUUUCUCUAUCUAUUUCUCUCCCUGGGAUCCCCGCAAAGCCCAGGCGCCGUUUACACUCUCCGAUCCACAAUUCCCACCGGCGCUGGACUAGGUAGCAGCGCCAGUGUCUGUGUGUGUUUGAGUUCCGCCCUCCUUCUUCAGAUCCGCACGUUGGCCGGUCCGCACCCGGACCAGCCGCCCGAGGAGGCAGAGACACAGAUCGAGCGCAUCAACCGAUGGGCGUUUGUGGGUGAGAUGUGCAUUCACGGAAACCCUAGCGGGGUGGAUAACACGGUCGCCGCGGGCGGCAAGGCCGUGAUGUUUCGCCGUGUAGACUAUAACAAGCCUCCAGAGGUCACUCCCCUCCUCAACUUCCCCGAACUUCCUCUCUUGCUCGUCGACACACAACAAUCUCGCUCGACGAAGACGGAGGUGGACAAGGUCUUCCGACUCAGGGAAUCACACCCCGUGGUGACGGAGUCUAUUCUUAACGCCAUUGAUCAAGUAUCAACAUCGGCGCAAGAACUUGUUGACGACCCUGAAUUCGAGAGUUCUCCCGGAAAGGACCUGGCACAACUCGGCACUCUUAUCCGCAUGAACCACGGGUGUCUGGUGUCGCUAGGUGUUUCCCACCCGCGCUUGGAACGAAUCCGCGAACUGGUUGACUACGCCGACAUUGGCUGGACGAAGCUGACUGGUGCCGGCGGUGGCGGCUGCGCGAUCACGCUUUUGCGCCCAGACGCGAAGAAAGAAGUCGUGCGCGAUCUUGAGAAGAAGCUCUCCUCAGAGGGAUUCAUUAAAUAUGAAACCGUUCUCGGUGGCGACGGCGUUGGCGUUCUCUGGCCCGCGGUGCUGCGCAAUGGCUCUGACGAGGAAGGCGGCGAGGAGAUCGAUCAACAAAAGUUCGAGAAUGCCGUUGGGCCCGAAGGUAUCGAACGCCUUGUUGGAGUUGGGAUGCACGAGCGGAGAGAAGGGUGGAAGUUCUGGAAGCGAGCGGCGCAGGCUUAG